AUGGGUGAACACGGGCUGAUACCUUUAACGCAGCUUGAUCUGUUUACGUUGGAGAAAUACCCGGUUUCCCGAAGCCUCGCUAAGGAGUGGGCUUGCGGAAACAGCAUGGAAGUGAGUACGCAGAACUUGGGCACCAUACCAAUGGUAAGGGAUCAGCAAAUACAACGACCUCCCAGUGGCAAAGAGGAGGAACAUGAUCUUGAUGGGGGCUUCGACUCGAUGCGUUCAAUAAGUAAUGGACCUACGCCUUCCAUCUCUUCCAAGAGCUCUAUUACCCAUCCGAAAUGUCGCAAACCUCUCCGUGCCGAGCACAACAUUUUCUUUACACAAGUGCCUUGCAAUUCAGGUUCUGAUAACUCCAUCUUCCAACAAAACACAAUGAAUGAUGAGCAAGAGGAGGAAGAUUUUGAUCGCUUGAGAGAUAAUGCGAACAACAACUACUGUGAAGAAACAAUUGCGCUGGAACCCCUAUUGGAGUCAGUUCAAAAUGAGGUUGAAGCCAUUAAUCGCCAGCCAAAUCGGUACCAAGCAUUACUUUAUGAGCUUUCUAAGGUUCUUCAAGGUCUUCGGGAGCAGUUAUCGUCAUCCUCAAGAAUCACUGCGAAUUCUUCGAGCCACACAAUAUCUUCAAGGUCUAUAGAAGGUGACCUAGAAAAAAGUCUCUCAAUGCUGGAUAUCGCAAUUGACGGUUCCUCCGCGAAGUUCGGAUCAGAUGUGGGGACGUGGGCGCAGCCUCUCACCUCUGGUUGGAACCAGCUAGACUCAGUGAUUGAAUGGCAUCUGAACCAUGUUUCUCAUCUCAUUCAGCAUCUGGGAUCCUCAAACAGAUUCUACACCUCCUCGUCGGACAUGGAUAAUGACGGUGACAGCAAUCUUCUGUGCAUUACUGAAGACCUGCUAGCCAUGGCUCUGGACGCCCAGUCGGAAAUACUCUCAGACAUCACCGGUCUUGUUCUGAGUUAUGUGGAGGAGAGGGAUCCCUUCAAGGUCUUCAUAAACUCUCACUGUCUCGCCUACUGUGGCAAUGAUCAGCGAGCGCCUCUUUUCCCUCUCUCCUUUUGGUCGCGCUUCGUCUGGCACACGCCCUUGUCUGUCUCCGGCUUCUCUGGCCUCGACGGAACCCUCCGGCCCACCUUAAUGAUCCGGCGCACCAAUCUAAACAAAUUCCUUUUCCAAGAAUAUGGUGAUCUCGAUACCGACGACGAGGAUAAGCAGACUCUUGACAGUGCUCUAUGCAUACAUCUGAUACUUACGGCCUCUCAGAAGGACGUUUCUUUUCUUAUAGCAAUUGAUAAUUUGAUUGACAAACUAACGGACCUUGACUUGAUGGACAUCAGCAUCUGGGACAAAAUACCUUUGACACAACUCUGCAAUCGCCUAAAGUUACUAAAUUUCCAAAUCUUGCCAAAAUUUGACGGCCAAAAUCGCAAGCUCGGCUAUCACAAUAAUCGGAGCGGAAACUCAUUGACUCGAUCUGCCUUGAAUGCAGAGCCAUCCAUCAGCCUGGCGUUGAACUAUCUCAUUAAGCAAGGUAUGUCAGUAGUUGUUGUUAAGUGGAGAGAAAAGGAUUAUGCUUGUGUUGAUUCAGGCAAGUUGCAGCACGAGCUGCGGGAGUCGGACGAGGAAUUAUUGUUUCGCAGUCUGGAGACCUUGGUGGACAAUCUAGCAGUCUCAAAUGAGGCUACUAAUCGGCGCUCAGAGCUCAUGGCCCUGUCUGUCGAAAACUUCAUUUGCCUGGCUCACAUUCUCGAAAGCGAGGACGAAUCAUUGACGGUCUAUGCCGGUCGAGCCAUCCAUGCACUGGAGGACCUAGUGAGUGACCAAACCUGCUUUUGUCCAACCCUUUCUUCUUCCCCUUUCCAGUACUUACAAUUACAGUGUUAA